AAACCUCUCUUACUUAACCAACUUACCUGACCCUAUUCCAAUAUUUCAUCUUCUCAACCCCAACACCAUUCUCCCCAAGCUGCUGGGGAAACCACAAAAAAAAAAAGUGAACAAAAAAUCCUCAGAUAGGAAAAAAAAAAUAGAGGACAUGAUCUUCUCUGCUUCUUCUGAGCCUUCGGUCGUAAGGGCAAUCCACAUUGCCCUCGCGGUCAUUUCUGUCACCCUCAUCUAUGCCGCGAGCUCGGUCCACGGCCUGUCUGCACAGACGGUGAUCGAUUCCCCGUUACUGACCCAGAAGAUCGGCACCAACAGGACUAUCAAGGUCGAUGUAAAUGGCAAGGGGGACUUCAAGUCCGUGCAGGCUGCAAUCGAUUCCGUCCCUAAAGGGAACAACCAGUGGAUCAUCAUCCAUGUCAGGAAGGGAGUUUACCGGGAGAAGGUUCACAUACCGAAGGACAAGCCCUACAUCUUCAUGAGAGGGAACGGGAAGGGUAGAUCGAUCAUUGUCUGGAACCAGAGCUCCCAAGACAAUGUCGAGUCUGCCACCUUCAAGGUCGAAGCCAAGAAUUUUGUUGCCUUCGGUAUCAGCUUCAAGAAUGAUGCUCCGACGGGGGUAGCCUACACCUCGCAGAACCAGUCGGUGGCGGCAUUUGUGGCAGCGGACAAGGCUGCCUUCUACCACUGUGCAUUCUACAGCACUCACAAUACUCUAUUCGAUUACAAGGGAAGGCAUUACUACGAUAACUGCUACAUCCAGGGCUCGAUCGACUUUAUCUUCGGCAGAGGCCGAUCCAUUUUCCAUAGCUGUGAAAUAUUCGUUAUAGACGACAAGAGGCUGACGAUACACGGCUCCAUUACAGCCCACAACAGGGAGAGCGAGAGCGAGAACAGCGGGUUCGUGUUUGUGAAGGGGAAGGUGUACGGGGUUGGGGACGUCUACUUGGGGCGUGCCAAAGGUGCGUACUCCCGGGUGAUCUUUGCUAAGACGUACCUCUCCAAGACGAUUGUCCCGAAAGGCUGGACUAAUUGGAGCUACGAUGGGAGCACCCAGAAUUUAUAUCAUGCGGAGUUCGACUGCCAUGGACCGGGAUACGAUCCUAAGGAGAGAGCACACUGGGUUAAACAGCUAACCGAGGAGGAGGCUGCCCACUUCAUGUCCAUCGAUUUCAUCAGUGGCAAGGAAUGGCUUCCCGUAUGGCUGUAAAUAUAUAGUUCCGUCCGUCCACCUGCGAUGCGCGUAACUGAAAGAUAACUACUUGACGUAUUAGAUGUCUCCAAGGAAAUAAGGAUGAAACAGUUAGGUGAUUUUAUUAGCUUCUGGUCUUUCAAUUAAGAUCAUAGGGCUCUACUUGCAGUAGAGGUUGUGUGAAGUCGGGCGAAAGGCUUCGAGGAAGAUCAGAUCUGAGAAAUAUAUGUAAUGCACUCUCGAUUGCUUCUGAUUAAUUUCAAUCUAACUAUUGUUUGCCA